UCCAGCGACAUAUGACCCUUAAGGAGGAUUAAGAGGGUUCAAUGUUUGGAGGCUGGUUUGUUGCUUUGGUAUGAAAAACUUGACUUAUGAUGCAAGAAAAUAUUCUCUGUAAAGGAAUUUAAAAUAUUACUAAGACUUAUUAAUAAUAAAAAAAAAUAUUGUGACCAGUUUGGGGCUUCUAAGGUCCUUGGAUUUAGCGGCAAAAGAAUAAUCUAAGAACAACAAGUUUACCCUGAGACAGGCUUAACAUCAAUUAAAUACCGAAAAUAAGCAAAAGUCUUGGGGCUCUAUCAACUAUUGUUAGUAAAUUUGUAUGAAAUUUAGUGUCAUCACCUUAAAAAAAUUAAGCGAAUACUGCAGAAUCUAUAAUUAUCUAUAAAUCUAUAAUAAAUAGUGUUUGUGCAAACUGGUGGUGUUCAAUUACUUUAUUAUUUACUUUAUUAGAAUCAGCUAUAGAAUUGAACUGUGUUCAAGGUUGCUUUCACGAUCCUUAAAUCUGUCAGGUCGUCCUUAAAUUAACCAGGAAAUGCAGGGAAGGCAAUUGAGAAAUAUUGGUAAAACAGAAGCAACAGAGGGACAAAUGAAAUGCACGCGUUAGCAAAUAAAACAAAAAAAAAAGGACUUAACAAAAAUGGGAAAUUGGUCAAGACAAAGAAAAGUGAGAGUUUUGAGAAUUACGCAAUCUGUUAACCAAAGAAGCGCACUCCUCAUAAAGGACAAAUUAAAAUAAGUAAAAAAAAAAAAAAAAAAAAAAAUCCAAAUCAAUCCUAGUAAUUGUCUUUGUUUUUGAGCGUCAUCCAGCUGUGGGUUUGUCAGAGGUGGUACAUUCCACAUCCUGCUCUCAAACCCACAGCCGUUCUCUCUGCUAAAGCCUCCAACACACCCACAGCUUUUCCUGGAGCUCUUCCUCACCUCCUCUGGGUAUAUAAGCAACUCCUGGAAAGGAUCAGCAGGUCACCCCGGACCAAAUCAGCAAUUCUGCACAGCUCAGACCAUUCCUUCACCCGACAUUUUCAAGGUAUUUCAAGCGUUUUUGUGAGCCUGAACCAUCACCACCAUGUCUGAUACCACCACCACCCCAACCUCCCCCCCUGCCCCCGCACCUCCUCCCUCCAAGGGGAACAGGCGCGGCCGAAAAGCCGGUCCCGCUGACAACUCUAACUCUGAAUUUGCCAACUUUCCUGAAGUAGAGUAUUUUAUUGCACCAGGACCGAGAGGAUACCCACCCCUGACAGAGUUCCUGGACAUCUGGGAAGUGGAUAUGAUGAGGAGAACUGAUGAGAGCAACAAGUUAGAGCACCACACUGCGCUCUACAACUCGGAACAUCUCGUCAUUCGCAGAGCACAAGAGUUCCAGAUCAAGCUGACCUUCAAUCGGCCCUACAAGCCCAAUGAAGACAAGUUUGCAGUGGAGUUUACCAUUGGCUCAAGUCCACAGUUCAGCAAAGGCACUUACAUCCCUGUAUUCUUCACAAAGGACCGUCAGAGUGCAUGGGCAGGCCGCAUCAUUGCAAGCUCAGAUAACGUCAUCACUGUAGGCAUCACUCCUGGAACAAAUUGCAUCGUGGGGAAGUACAACUUAUACGUUGCAGUGGUCACACCUUAUGGCGUCCGCAGGACACGACCAGACAAGAGCAGAGAGAUGUACAUCCUCUUUAACCCCUGGGCAAAAGAUGAUGCUGUGUUCCUGGAUGAUGAGAUGGAGAGGGAGGAGUGUGUGAUGAAUGAGAUGGGCAUCAUCUACCAUGGAGCUUACAACGACGUUGCUGAAAGAAGUUGGAACUAUGGACAGUUCAACUUUGGAGUCCUGGAUGCUUGUCUCUUCGUCUUGGAUCAGUCAGAAAUGCCCAUCAUCAACAGAGGAGACCCCAUCAAAGUGGCCAGACAAGCUUCUGCCAUGAUGAAUUCUCAAGAUGACAAUGGUGUGUUGGUUGGAGAUUGGAGUGGUGACUACCUCUACGGAGUGUCACCCACUUCCUGGACCGGCAGUACAGACAUCCUGAUCAGCUAUGCCAGAAGCAAAACACCCGUCCGCUAUGCUCAGUGCUGGGUCUAUGCUGGCGUCUUCAACACAUUCCUGCGGUGUCUGGGCAUCCCGUCUCGGGUCGUUACCAACUUCUUCUCUGCACAUGACAACGAUGGAAAUCUGAAGACAGACAUCAUCUUAGACGAAAACGGCAGAAUUGACAGAAACCGCACCAGGGACUCUGUAUGGAACUACCAUUGCUGGAAUGAGUGCUACAUGUCUAGGCCCGACCUCCCCCAGGGCUAUGGUGGCUGGCAGAUUGUGGAUGCAACUCCACAGGAGACCAGCGAUGGUCUGUACAGAUGUGGACCAGCAUCAGUCCAUGCAAUCAAACAUGGAGAGAUAUGCUUCCCCUUUGAUGCAGCCUUUGUGUUUGCUGAGGUUAACAGCGAUGUGGUGUUUUAUUCCCGAAGGAAAGACGGGACUAUGGAUCUUGUCAAAGUCAAUCGCACUCACAUAGGCCGCAUGGUUUUGACCAAAGCUCCAGGGGACGAGACUCGCCGUGACAUCACCAAUCAAUACAAGUUUCCUGAGGGCACCACAGAGGAGAGGACUGUCCUGGAAAAGGCAGAGGAGUACGGCUGCCAACGCAUAAAGGCUGACCCACCCCUGGCUGAUGUGGACCUGACUCUGCCAACUCUGGAGAUCAGUGUCGGCGAUGACUUUGAGUUGGAUCUGGAGUUUGUAAACCGUAGUAAGGAAAAGCGAACAGUGGAGGCUUACAUCAGCGGGAGUGUGGUUUACUAUACUGGUGUUUCCGGCCAUGAGUUCCUCUUCAGAACUCCUACUGUACAAAUUGGGCCACAAAAAAGUGUCAAGGAGCUGGUGCAGAUUGAGUCCAAAAAGUACAUGCAGCACCUGGUGGAACAGGGCAACCUCAACUUUAUUGUAACAGGGAAGAUCAAAGAGACGGGCAGGAUCAUCACUGCAACCAAACUUGUUGCUCUACACAACCCCAAACUCACUGUGGAGGUUUCUGGAAACGCCAAAGUGAAUGAAGAGAUGAUGGUGACUGUGGAGUUCACCAACCCCUUCAGCUUCAGCCUUGAAGACGUGAACGUUCGCAUGGAAGGACCCGGAGUCAUGCUGCCGAGACGCAAAACUUUCAGUCUGAUUCUUGGAAACUCCAAUCUGACCUGGACUGAGCAGUUCAGCCCUCUAAGGGCCGGCAAAACCAGGAUCAUUGCCACUCUGGACUGUCCUUCUCUGCGGCAGGUCGACGGUCAGGUGUCCUUUACUGUUGAACCCUGA